AUGAGGAGAGGGGAGAGGAGAGGAGUGGAGAGGAGUGGAGAGGAGUGGAGAAGAGUGGAGAGGAGUGGAGAAGAGUGGAGAGGAGUGGAGAGGAAUGGAGAAGAACUCGUCCCCCUUCGCUUUCCCUCCCCUUUUUUUCCCCAUCUCCUCACCCCCUCCCUCCAUUCCCCCCCCUCUCGCCCCUUCCCCCCCCCUCCGGAACGCUAUCCGCAGCUCGGCGGGCGAUACGCGCUGGACGGCGGGCUGACGUUCUCCUUCGACGCGUACGAGUCGCAGGGCGGCGGUUACUUCGACGUAGACGCUUACCACCUCGAGAUUGCCGACCUGCUCGACCUCGAAAUUAAACUCCGCGUCGCGCACCCGCUGCUGCAAACCCCCCACGACGCGCAGGCGCACAUCAACGUGCAGUUCCUGCAGGUGCUCGGCACUCCCGAGGUGCACGGGAUCGUCGGGCAGACGUACCGCGACGGGCGCGAGAAGCGCACGGUUACGUUCGCGGAGCUCGCGGAACUCACGGGGAGGCCCAUCGCGGCGGACGGGGAGGAAGGGAAGGGGUUCCUAGACGGCGAUGUGAUUGAUUAUACCACGUCCGGGGUUCUACGCGCGGAUUGCCGCUACACCGCGUUCAGCGGGGAGAGACGGCCGCAUACCGCGGCGGAUAUCCCGCCCAGGCGCGCAGUGGCGGGCGGGCCAGCAGCUGUGGGCGGAAGGAGGGACGCAGGGCCGCCAGCGAGCCUUGCUACAACCGCCACUACCGCCCCUGCUGCCAAGCCCUCAAAUCAUCAAAGACCGGUUCCCCAACAACUCGCCGCUGCUGCUCUACACCAGGAUGCAAGAGCAGGUGCAGUCGCUGCAACACACAGCAUCCCCGACCGUCGAAGUAGCCCGAAGCAACCAGCAGUCAGUCCGACAAUCCAGCGUGCUGCUGCUGCUGCUGCUGCUGCUAAUGCUGCUACUGCGGCUGCUGGAUCUGCUGCAGUGGUGGUAGCAUCUCCAUCUGCACCUAAAGGUUGUGCUGCUGGUGGCACUCUGCCGAUUGCCAAGCCUGCUGCUGCCGGUGCCAGCACUGGUGCUGCUGCUGCUGGUGCUGGUGCUGCUGCUGGUGCUGCUGGUGUUGCUGGUGUUGCUGCUGAGGACACUACGGUCAGAAGAGCGCCUGCCGCGAAAUCAGUGGUUGUUGAGAAACGCGUGGGCAACGUGUUGAGAAUACCUGGGUCUGCUGGUCAGCCUGGCAAGAAAGCAGCAGGGUUGAUAGGAGUGGGGGGGAGUUCGGUGGUUACAUUGCAAGAACGAGGAUCACCACCGCGCCAGGAGGAGGUAGAGGACGAGGAAGCUGAAUGGCAACGUCCCACGCGCAUUGAGGGGGACCCCGUCGUGCGCGACAACGUGGAAACGACGGAGGUCGUUACCGAAGCACCGGAGUCUUCUAACUCGGUGGCGCUGAAACGACGGCGCUACACGCAGACCACCAUUGGGUUUGCGAGCGGCACGCCUCUCAUGAGGCCUCCACCACCGCCACCUCCCAAGGUCACUCCAGCGCCGUCACCUCUUAAGCUGACUGCAGCUGAACGCGCGGAGGCGAAGUUCCUGGAAGCUCAGCGAAACUACAUCACGAAAUGGCUCCCGCAGUUUGAUUGGCUGUUGCUCGACAAGGGUGAGGAUGGUCUGCCAUGCUUGCGUUGCAGUGUGUGCAGUGAACAUGGCCCAGACAACGCUCGUUACGGGAGGAAUGGAUGUGGCGGACGCGACUUGCAGCCAGUGUCGAUGCGGGCGCACCAGGCCAGCACUCGACACGAGGAGUGCAUCGAGCGGCAGCAGGGGCUUCUGGACAAGUUGGCUGCGCAGAAGAAGAUCGACGACUACGAGAGAGCAGACCCUGAGGGCGCGCGCGUCAUCAGACUCAUGCGGAGCAUUCAAUUUGUGUGCGACGAGGACGCACCGAUCUCAAUGUACCCAAGGCUCGUGGAGUUUCUGGCCAGAGAGGGUGUUUCGGACAUUCCUCUACAGACCUACGGUGUUUAUAUCACGGAGUGA